CUCUCUCUCUCACUCUCUCUCUCUAAAACCUCACUCACUCUCUCUCCAUUCAGACAGACUGUCACUUUAGAGAGAGAAACACCAUCUCUCUCUUUCUCUCUCUCUCUCCUCGCCGGAGCUCCGGCGGCACUCCGGCGGCAACAACAACAAUGCUAAUUGACUCAAUCUGAUCUCUCUCUCUCUCUAAAAAUGUCAGUAUACGACGCACCAUUCGUGAACAGCGAGCUCUCAAAACCCACCUCAAUCUUCGGACUCCGACUAUGCGUAGUUAUCGGAAUCUUCGUCGGAGCAAUCAUCGUCCUCAUCCUCUUCCUCCUCUCUCUCUGCCUCACCUCUCGCCGCCGCAAAUCCCCCAACUUCUCCGCCGCCGGAGACCUCUCGCCUGUGGUCUCCAAGGAAAUCCAGGAGAUGGUCCACGAUUCCGCACCCGAUCACCGCCCAAUCUUGGUUCCGGAUAUCCAAAUCGACAUGGGGAAGGUCGAGCACAGAGUCGUGUUCUCCGAUAGGGUUUCGAGCGGUGAGAGCAGGGCGGCCGAUACGGCGGCAUAUGGUGGCGGAGCAAUGCCGGAGGUUUCGCAUCUCGGGUGGGGACGGUGGUACACUUUGAGGGAGCUUGAAGAUGCUACAAAUGGAUUGUCUGAUGAGAAUGUGAUCGGUGAAGGUGGUUAUGGAAUUGUGUAUUGUGGUGUUUUGGCUGAUAAUACUCGUGUGGCUGUCAAGAAUUUGUUGAAUAACAGGGGUCAGGCUGAGAAGGAGUUCAAAGUAGAGGUAGAAGCAAUUGGGCGUGUAAGACACAAAAACCUUGUCAGGUUGUUGGGUUACUGCGUGGAGGGAGCUUACAGAAUGCUUGUAUACGAGUACGUGGACAAUGGGAAUUUGGACCAGUGGCUUCAUGGUGACGUAGGAGAUGUUAGCCCAUUAACUUGGGAUAUCCGUAUGAAUAUCAUAUUGGGAACGGCAAAAGGAUUGGCCUAUCUCCAUGAGGGUCUUGAACCAAAGGUUGUGCAUCGAGAUGUCAAAUCUAGCAACAUACUGCUUGAUCGUCAAUGGAAUACUAAGUUGUCUGAUUUUGGGCUUGCUAAGCUCUUGUGCUCUGAGAACAAUUACGUAACAACUCGUGUGAUGGGAACAUUUGGUUAUGUUGCACCAGAAUAUGCUUGCACUGGUAUGUUGAAUGAGAAGAGUGACGUAUAUAGCUUUGGAAUACUUAUAAUGGAGAUAAUUUCUGGGAGAAACCCUGUUGACUAUAGUCGACCAAAGGGAGAGGUCGGUCUUGAAGUGAAUUUGGUGGAUUGGUUGAAAACAAUGGUUGGAGAUCGAAAAUCCGAGGAAGUUGUGGAUCCGAAAUUGCCUGAGAUGCCUGCUUCAAAAGCACUUAAGCGAAUUCUGUUGGUUGCCCUUAGAUGUGUUGAUCCUGAUGCUUCAAAAAGGCCCAAAAUGGGACAUGUGAUCCACAUGCUCGAGGCAGAUGAUUUGCUAGUUCGUGAUGAAAAACGAAGUGGCAGAGAGCCUUCACGUUCCCAUCGUAAUUAUAAAGAAGAGAAUCAUGUUGAUCCAAAAGUAGAUGAUAAGCAAUUUGGUGAAGGUGUUCCUGAUACAAGUGAAGGUGAUGGCAGUAAGAGACAUGACCAGACAAGUAGGUGGAGAUAACCUUCAGGUUGGAUUUUGGUACUAAACGUUCGAGUUUCUUCAAAAAAAAUUCAUGCUUAUAUAUAGAUUUUCUUUUCUUCCCAUUUGUACCCUAGUUUUUUUGUUGUACCUUCAAUUCCUAGUAUAUGACGAUAAUCUGCAUUUGUUAUAUUUGUCUACACAUUUGGCAUGAAUUUGUAUAUUUAUAUAGUAUAUUCAUCAGUUUAUAGGAAUUAUAAUCCAUUGAUUUGAUUA